AUGGAAACAGAUAGAAGGAAUAACGGAAAAUAUCAUGGAACUAAAAAUACCAGAAAGAUCAAGCAGAGUCCCUCCUCCUGCGCCCCUCCCCUCCUCCUCCUCCCCUCAUCCUCCCGCCCCUCCUCCCCCCCUCCUCCUGCCCGCUCCUCCUUCUCCUCCUGCCCCUACCUAGUCCUUGCCCCUCCUCCUUCUCCUCCCUGCCACUCCUCCUCCUCCCUCCUCCUCCUGCCCCUCCUCCUUCUCCUCCUGCUCCACUCCUCUCCUCCUGCCCCUCCUCCUCCAGUUCCCUCCUCCUUCUCCUCCUGCCUCUCCUCCUGCCCCUCCUCCUUCUCCUCCUGCCCCUCCUCCUCCUCUUCCUCCUCCUCCUCCUCCCCCUGCCCCUCCCUCCUUCUCCUCCUGCCCUCCUCCUUCUCCUCCUGCUCACCUCCUCUCAGUCCCUCCUCCUGCCCUCCUCCUCCCUCCACUCUCCUCCUCCUCCUCCUCCUCCUCUCCUCCUCUCCCUCCUCCUGCUCCACCUCCUCCAGUCCCUCCUCCUCCUCCUCCUCUCCUCCUCCUCCUCCUCCUCCUCCCAGUCCCCCUCCUCCUCUCCUCCCUCCUCCUCCUCCUCCUCCAGUCCCUCAUGCCCACCUCCUCCGUCCCUCCUCUCCUCCUCCUCCAGUCCCUCCUGCUCCACCUCCUCCAGUCCCUCCCCCUCCUGCCCCUCCUCUUUCUGCUCCUCCACUCCUCUUCUCCUCCGCCUGCCCACUCCUCUUUCUGCUCCUGCCACUCCUCCUUCACCUCCUGCUCCACCUCCUCCUCCUCCUCCUCCCCUCCUGCUCCUGCCCCUUCCUCAUUUUCCUCCUCCCUCCACCUCCUCCAAUUCCCCUCCUCCUGCCCCUCCUCCUUCCUCAUCCUACUCCACCUCCUCCAUUCCCCUCCCUAUCCUCCUCCUCCUCCUGCCCCUCCUCCUCUCCUCUCUCCUGCCCACCUCCUCCUCCUCUCCUGCCCCUCCUCCUCCUCCUCCUCCUGCCCCUCCUCCUUCUCCUCCUGCUCCACCACCUCCAGUCCCUCUCCUCCUUCUCCUCCUACUGCCCGCCUCCUCCUGCCCCUCCUCCCUCCUCCUCCUCCUCCUCCUCCUCCUGCCCCUCCUCCUCCUGCCACUCCUCCUCCUGCCCCUCCUGCCACUCCUCCUGCCACUCCUGCCACUCCUCCUCUUCUCUCCCCCCGCUCCUCCUCCUGCCCCUCCUGCCCCUCCUCUGCCACUCCUCCUCCUGCCGCUCCUCCUCCCCUGGUCCGCUCCUCCUCCUCCUCCUGCCCCCUCCUCCUCCUCCUCCUCCUGCCCCUCCUCCUCCUCCUCGCCCCCUGCCCUCCUCCUCCUGGCCCCUCCUGCAACUUCCCUCCUGCACUCCCCUGCUGCCCCUCCUGCCCCUCCUUCGCCCCUCCUCCACCUGCCGCUCCUCCUCCUCCUCGUCCUCCUCCUCCUCGUCCUCCUCCUCCUCCCCCCCAACUCCUAGACGCCCAUAG